AUGAGCCCACUUCUUGUCUUCAAGCUCGUGUCCCUCGGAAGCAUCUGGCUCGUGGGGCUCAUUGGGGGACUAACUCCCGCGCUACUCGCGUCAAAGCACGACAAGUCUCCUGUCUUGAGCAUCCUCAGCGCCUUCUCCGGCGGUGUUUUCCUCGCCGGUGGAUUCCUCCAUCUUCUCCACGCGGCGAUUGAGAACUCGGCACUGCGUCAAUGGUCCACUAUGGACGGCGGUCGCUAUGCGUUUCCGUACGCAGAGAUGUUUUGCACAGUGGGGUUUCUGGGACUUUUGCUGCUGGAACAAGCUGCUCAGGCGCACUUGGUGAACGACUGGACGAGGCACGACGUCGGGCCGUGGAAGCAGAAGAAGAGUGAGGACCUGCUGGACGAGGAGCUAUACGGCGUUCGAGAGAGCGGCGGCACGUACGUGGAACAUGUGGAUGACGAGGAGCAGAGACUGAAGAACGAAGACCGACGUCAUGUGAGUCACGCGCACGGGUAUGAAAGCGCUUCCAAGGAAGCCGCGUCGCCUGCAGUGGCUAUGGUGCUGUUCCUUGCGCUGUCGUUCCACUCGGUCUUGGAAGGACUGGGCAUUGGGGCACAGACUGAGACCGCGUGGGGCGUGUUCUUGGCCAUUGUCAUGCACAAAGGACUCGCCGCGUUUGCCUUGGGCUCCGAACUCGUGCAGAGUAGAGCCAUGGCCCUCAGUCGCGUGAUGCUCUACAUGGUCGUCUUCUCGUUCAUGAGCAUCGUCGGGAUUCUCGUUGGCUGGACGAUUGUCGGCGACUCGUCCGAGGAGUCGGCCGCUGCAGGCAUUUGUGUGGCGCUGGCGUCCGGGACGUUCAUCUACGUGGCGGUCAUGGAGGUGAUCCCGCACGAGUUCCCGCAGCACAGUCACGCGAGUGGCCUGGAGGGUCCUCGCCACCAACAGGCACCGAAACAGACGCUGACGAAGUCCCUUGCGCUAGUGGCCGGCUACGCCAUCUUCGGACUACUGGCGAAGUGGGCGUGA